AUGAUCAACCUAAAAUUCCUUCCACCCACGGCGCACGGUCUUCCAGGCAAGAAGAUACUUCACGGAAUUCACCGUUUGCGACUGGACGACUCGAAAGAAGAGUCUGGAAGCGAGGAAUCCGACUCUGUUGACAACGACGACGACGAUCAUUCAAGUUUGGACGAGAGUGAGGAAGAUACGCCUGAAGAUUCUGACGACGGUCUUGACCAAAGCGCUCGGACUAAGACACCUAAGGGUGUCAGUGGUAGCAAAUCACAAGUGCGAAAAAUGUGGAGCGAACCCUUUCCAGCACCGAAAAAUAUUGAAAUUGUUGAACACAAACCUUCUUCAGUGGAGUCAUCACAGGCUCCUUCAAAGGAACAUUUGACCGAUGUGCCGCAGAAACCUUCGGAUCCUACGGCUGACCUUGCUGAUGUGGUCACUACCCGAUUAUCUGAAUGGAUCACGAUUGAAGCCAUCCAAACAUUGGGGUCAGAGACUGAACCAAGCGCUACUGAACUCGAAAAACAGCCUAAACCGGCAAAAUUCGAGAAGGUGACCGCAUUUCUCAAAGGAUCUGACUUCUCGUCACUUGAUCCGGAGUGUGACCCUGCUUCCGAUUACCCGGUAAGGUGUCCUCUCUCUUUUUAG